AUGGACUCGGCUUCAAUGGCCCAAUCCGAUGGGGUGUCUUUUUUGGAAAACAAUGAGAAUUGCAGCAGUCUUAUGUUGUUUGAGCAGGCCUGGGCGAAGUAUUACACUCGUCACCCUGGCGAGCCACCAGAUCUUUAUUUUCUGCCAAAGUUGGACUUGCAUUGCCAUCUGAAUGGCAGUAUUAGCGCCCCAUUGCUGCUACAUAUGGAAUAUCUGAAACAAAGGCAGCGUCAAACCUCUAUUGCCACCAAUACAGUGCAUGCGAACACUGGGGAGCUUUUUUGUAAAAGUAUUGGGCAAAUGGAUAAUGUUCUGGAGAAAUUUACCGAUCCCGCUGAACGCAUGAAAUACUGUUUUAGAGUGUUUGAAAAUAUUUACAAUAUCAUGAAUAAUGCCGCCUUCACACGGAUGGCUGUGCAGGAUUUGUUACUACAUUCUGCAGCAGAAAAUUUGUUUCUCCUUGAGAUACGGACUUCCUUGCGGGAAGGGCUUUACGAGAACCCACAUGUUGCCGCAUGUGGUGACGAGGCGGGGCGUAUCACAAAAAAGACAUACGUUGAGACUGUAAUCCACACUGUGGAGCAUCUCAUGAAUGGUGGGUUAGUGGAUUUUGAAACAGGGGAAUUGUUGCCUCGUAACGCAUCCGUUCCUGCCAAAUGGUGGUCUCAAUUCCAGAAGUUGUAUGCCUCGCUUGUCUCUACAGCAAUGGAGUGCUCCCACGAUAAUAAUGCGAAGUCAGAGACAAGCGGGGCAACCAGUGGCGCCACCCAAGAGCUGGCGGAAAAGUUAUUGGAAAGGCUCCGUGAUUGGUUAAUGCAUCGUAUGCAUAUUCGUCUUAUUUUAUCUAUUAACCGGGGUCACAACGCGGAAGCGGCGUGGGAAGUUGUGACGCUUGCAAAGAAGAUCCAGCACGAGCAAAUAAAACGUUUUUACGCAUCUCUGCAGGCAGAAGCUGCAUUGUUUCAAGGCACGAGCAAUCUGAGCAUGACCCGGCAAGGAGAACGGAUUCGACGAACCUGUUGGGUGACAGGUGUGGACUUCUCCGGCUACUGCGGUAAGAAUCACUUUCUGGACUUUCUUCCGGCGCUCACGGAGGCACGGCGUGGCGGCGAUGGCAUAUCCACAUCACCAUCGUACGCGUCACUGGGUGUCACCUUGCAUGCAGGGGAGAAGGACGACCCGGAGGAGUUGGCGGAGAUGGUGAAAUUUGCACCGGAGCGUUGGGGUCAUCUUGUUUACACAGAUUCAACAAACUUGUCUGCCAUUCUCGCACGGCAUGAUGCGAUUGAACUCUGCAUCACCAGUAAUGCCGUGACUGGGGGCUACACAGAGGUGACACAGCAUCAUAUCGGUGACAUUCUCCACCGACAGCGGGGCAGCCAAGGGGAUGGGGUGAACCCCGCGUUACUGUCACUGCUUACAAACGAGUCGAGCCUCUCGAUGGCGAUGCGGUGUCGGGUGCAACGGCGUUUGGCUAGAUGGUGUCCAUCGCCUGCGUUGGGUAGGGAAGUAACUGCCAUCCCAAAUGUCUCCUUCCACACGGAUGAUCGCGGAGUCUUUUUCACGUCGGUGACAGACGAGUUGGAGUUGUUGCUUCAACACGAGUGCCUGAAAAACGAGACGGCGUCACGCGUUUUGUGGGUUAAAGCCAUUUGGGCCCUGCAGCGUCUCUCUUUGCCGCAUGUGUUUGAACUUCCUUUGGAAAUUGUGUAUAGCUGCAUAUACCCGUGGAAGGAAUGCUGUCGUCUUUGCGCUGGAGACGAACUUGCGGCACAUAUAAACGCCCAUGUGGCGGCCCUUAGUGGCACCGCACGAGCCGAGUUGAGUCUUACCGAACUCGGCUGGCUGCUGAAUGGCUUUGAUGACGCUUGA